AUGGCGAGCGAGCCGACUCGAGUGAUGGUGGCGGUGAACGAGUCGACGAUCAAAGGCUACCCGCACGCGUCGAUAAGCAGCAAAAAGGCGUUCGAGUGGACACUGAAGAAGAUCGUUCGCUCCAAUACCUCUGACUUCAAGCUUCUCUUGCUUCACACUCAAGUCCAGGACCAAGACGGUUUUGAUGACGUGGACAGCAUAUACGCAUCCCCUGAUGAUUUCCGUCACAUGAGGGAGCGUAACAAGGCUAAAGGACUUCAUCUUCUUGAGUUUUUCGUUAAUAAAUGUCAUGAGAUUGGGGUUGGGUGUGAGGCUUGGAUCAGGAAAGGUGAUCCCACGGAAGUGAUAUGCCAUGAAGUGAGGCGUGUCAGGCCAGAUUUUCUGGUUGUGGGAAGUCGUGGUCUCGGUCCAUUCCAGAAGGUAUUUGUUGGAACGGUGAGUGAGUUUUGUGUGAAGCAUGCAGAAUGCCCAGUCAUCGUUAUCAAGCGCAGUGCUGAAGAAAGUCCACAAGAUCCAGCUGAUGACUAA